AUGAUCAUGUCACCUAAGCAACGGACUGCAUUCUUGGAUAAAAGAAAUUUACUUAUGCCUCCUGUCCUACAAGAGGAAGAACCUAUACAUGAAAAGGAGCCACGGACUGAAUCCAUUCAUCCCACUGUUGAAGUAGAUGCCUCGAACUCUCAGCCUACUUCUCCUGAUCCCCCAUCUUCAGAAAAAGACAAAGCUCCAACCACUGAACGAAGUGAAGCAGAUGAUGAAGAGACUGAAAACGAAUUGGAUCCCUCUCAGUUUCAUCUUGAUAAUGGAAUUGCUACUGGUAGUAAUUCACAAUCUUCGAUUGCUGAAACUGUUAAUAGUGGAGAAUCAGCAAGUCAAAAUCAUAGACAAAAAUCCGAUAUAGCAUGGAAUUAUUGUUCGGAAGUUUUCAAUAUGCAAGGAAGAAGAACUUUGACAUAUGGGUAUUGUUUUAAAGUAAUUGCUGGUGGUGGCAUUCAUCGAAUGAAACAGCACUUGGCAGGUGAACAAGGCAGCAUUGUUCCAUGUUUAAGGAUUGACCCGGCAAUUAGACAUGCUAUAUUAGCAUCUAUGAAGGAGAAGGAGCAGAAAUCUAAAGAAAAAAAAGGCAAUUUUGGGGUGGAAAAUCCAUUCGGCCGCACUACUCAUACAUUUGAUGGCGAUGAAAUUCAGGAGAUUCUUUUUCCUUCAGCAAAUGAGAUAGGUGUGUCUAGUAAAGGAAAGAGAAAGGUCACUGUUUCAAUAGGUAUACGACCUUUUUUAAAAGGUGGGCGUGAUACUUCUCAACUAACCAUUAAAGCUUGUUUGCAAAGUAAGGAAAAAUGGGAAAAUACGGGCAUGGCUAUUGCUCUUUGGUUUUAUGAUGCUUACAUUCCCAUAAAUGCUGUUAACUCUCUAUUUUUUCAAAAAUCUAUUGAUCAAAUAGCAUCAAUGGGUCAUGGUUACAAAGGUCCAUCCUAUCAUUCUUUAAGAGUUAACUUGUUGCGAAAUGCCAAGAGAGAUGUGAAAUUAGUUGUUGAUUCUUUUAGAAGUACUUGGGCAGAAACUGGUUGCACUCUAAUGGGUGAUGGAUGGAAAGACACUAGGCAAAGACUAUUGAUUAAUUUUUUGGUUUGUUGUUCUAAGGAUAUUUCUUUCAUUAAAUCUGUGGAUGCAUAUGAUAUUGUAACAAAUGCAGAAAAUUUGUGCAAUUUAUUUGCUGAAAUUGUUGAGAUGCUUGGUUUAAAAAAUGUGGUGCAUUUAGUUACUGAUAAUGCUAGCAAUUAUAAAGCUGCUGGGUCUUUGUUAAGUGAAAGAUAUCCGAACAUUUGUUGGUCCCCAUGUGCUGCACACUGCAUCAAUUUGAUUUUGAAAGACAUUGGUGAAAUGAAUGAUGUGAAAGGUGUAGUGUCUCUUGCUUCAACAGUGACCAUUUUUAUCUACAAUCAUAAGUUCACUUUGAAUUGGUUAAGAAAGACUACAGGGUGGAAAGAAAUUAUUCGUUCAGAAUUUUGGGUCAUAGAAGAAGAACAAGAUGGUGAGCUUAAUUAUGAUGAAUUGGAGGAAGAACUUGAAGAACUUCCUAAGGAUGAUUCUCAACUAGUUGAAGAUGAUGAAAGUGAGGUUGGAGAAGAUAAUGAUAUUGACUUGGAAGCAUUUCAGCGUAGGCGCCUUUUGGAUGAUGAUGAAGAUAAUAAUUGGUUAAAUUGA